GGUUCGGCGGUGCUCCCGGCUGGCGCCGGCUCCGCGCCCUCUGUAGGGAGUGGAUGCGGGAAGUGAGUGUUUGCAUCAUCGCAAGCAACUACCAGGGAGGCCGCGGCGGUGCCGGCGCAGGGGCGGGGUCGCGGGAGAAACCGGGCAGAGUGGGCCCGCCCCUUGGGUGGAAUCCGGCGGUUCCGGCGCCUUUCGCGGGCCGGUCGGCCCAGAGGGUUAACAGCCAAGGCCGCCCUCCGAGACCUAGUGGCUUCCCGGGCUAGGCACAGAAGCCAACCCCGGAUUUAACUCUUCAAAUGCUGAAGAGCUUGGGACGUGAAAACCGGCAUUUCAAAAUCAUUCCCUUCAUCAAAGCAUACCUGUCGAGGCACGUUCUUUCCAGUAUCCACAGGGCUGGGCGCCACCUGCUGCCGGAGACCGAAAGGAAACGGCAUCCUCCAGCCGUAGCAACGGUUUCUAUGUACAGCGCGGGUCACGGACUGCCUGAGAUACGGGAGCUCUACAGCCAACCCGCAACGGUCAAGGGGCACUUUAGGACUCUACGCAACUGCUCCCCAUUCCCCUGCUUUGUUCACAAGGACCGGUGGCCGCCGCCAGAGUCCGGGAACCCCCCCGCGCCGCACCACCACCUCCGCGUUGCCGCUCUGCCCCAACAUCCGCCACCGUCAGCCCCCAGAAACAGAAGGCCCCCAGGUUGUUUCCCCGGCCGACAAGGUUGUUCAUCCCUCCAACUGCAGUCCGACGGUGCAUUUGCUCGUCCGGGUUCGUCUUUCACCCCAGCUUGCGAUGGAGAGAGACGUAGUUUACUCUUGGCCGGCAUAUACUCACCUGGUUCAGACCCCAAGCCUUGCGGAGGCCGCAGCCACACACUUCACCAGCCGCGCGGCUCGUUCCCAGGGAGGGGCGUGUCGCCCCGCCCCACUCCCCCUACUCCGGCACCCAAGGGCUUGCGGCGGACCGCCGGGGGCGGGGAUUAGGGCCUCUGCGUGAUGACUGGCUAGUCUCCGGUUUGCCAUCCGGCUGAUUGGCCUUGCAAACCCAGCUUCACCCGGACAGAAGAACGUUAGCCGAGAAAUAAGAGUUGCAAUUCCACGUGCCCUGUAAUUUUCUUUUCACGCACACUUUGUUCUUUUUCUGGUUAUAAUUAUGUACAUAUACAAUUAUGCUGAAUAAACAAUCAGGAUAAAAACUAACUCAAAGGAAAUGGACUAUGCAAGCAAAUGAAAAUUACCACUAUCAUCUUCAUAAAGACAUUGCGUCCAAUAAUUAAUAGAUGGAUUAGAGAGUAAAGCUGAAGAACUCUUUCACAGAGCAGAUAAAGAAAAAAAAGGAAAUUGAAAAAGAUGAAAAAGUUAGGUCUAAUAUUAGAUUUAAAAGAUCUAGAGAGAAGAGAAUAAUGAGGGUAGGAAGUUAUCAAUUCAAGAAAAUUUUCCAGAAUUGAAGAGCUUGAGUUUCCAGACUGAAAGCACCCACCAAGUGACCAAAACAGGGAAGGAAAACAGACCCAUACCAAGGCACAAACUGCGAAACUUCAGGACACUAGCAAAGAAAAUUCUAAGUUUCUACAGUGAAAACAGGUCACAUACAAAGCAUUAGGAAGAAGAAUAGUUUUGGACUUAUCCACAAUAAUACAGAAAACUAGAUGACAUUCUGACACUGGUGAAGAACACAAGACAGGUUAUUUCAGGCAGAGAGAAAAGCAGGAGCACAGGCAAAAAGGUCCGUUAUCUGCUUAAGGAACUGCAAACAUCUCCUUAAAACCAAGAUUGAGAGGUGGGUUGAAGUGGUGACAGAGGCAGGAAAGGAGUCUAUACUAUU